UUCCGAGUCCCAAUUCCCCCAACCUUUCCCCCCUUCCCCUCUGCCCUUCGCCACCCGACGGCAGAGCCGGAGCCGCAGCCAUGGAGGACGCCGCCUCGGAGUCGGAGAUCGGCGACUGGGAGGUGCUCUCCGCGGCGUCCAGGGGCGGCGGCGGCACCGCCUCCGACGACGACAGCGAGGUCGUGGUCGUCUCCGGCGGGGGCGGCGACGUCCUCCACGACCACUUCGCGCUCGCCCCCGCCGGCCCCGGCGCCGGGUUCCCCGACGAGGGCCCGUGGCCGGAGCCCGGGGACGCCUGGGAAGGAAUAGAAUUGCUGGACAGAUUCGAUCCGAUUCCGGAAGCAAGCUUCGAUCUUGCCGCUGGGGUUUGGAGCGAACAGCUGCUGCCGACAGGCGGCGUCGAUGAGGCCCGAGGAGGUUCGAUUCUUGAGACCACCGCGGCUCGCGGCACAACCUGGGGCGUGGAUGGUAAUCAAGCCGAGGCGGUAGACGGUGAGGUUGACCAGGAGAGUAAUGCUGUGGCUGAUCACGGCGAAUUGGGCUCGGCGGUGCAGCCCGAGCAUCAUGGGUUGGGAGAAACUCUGGAAUCUGAUGCAGCAACGCCUGCAGGUGCCUCGCUACAAAGCCCGUGCCCCGAGGAUGCUGUGGCAAGUGACGGGAUUCAUGGUGAACAAGAGGAGCAGGAGCAUGGGGCCAACGCUAGUGCUGCAUCCAGUUGCGAUGAGCCGGAUAGGGAGGCAGAGGACGGUGCUUUACCGCUGGCUCACACACCGGGCACUGCAGAGGGCGACAAACAAGUAGUGGUCUGGUGGAGGCUACCGUUCAGGCUGCUGCACUGCUGUGCUUGGAAGGUGAAGCCCGUGUGGUCCUUCUCCAUCGCCGCGGCGUUGCUGGGCCUGGUUGUGCUGGGGAGGAGGAUGUACAAGAUGAAGCGCAAGGCAAAGGGAUUGCCCCAGAUAAAGAUUGCAUUUGAUGAUAAGAGGACCUCCCGGUUUGCAGAUCGUGCGGCACGUCUCAACGAAGCCUUCUUGGUAGCGAGGCGUGUGCCACUGCUAAGAACUUCAGCUGGUGCUGUGCUUCCAUGGUCAAUGGUACAGGAGAGAUGAGCCAAUCUGCUCAAAGCUCCAUAAGAAGGUUGCGGUAACUGGUAGGCAACUGAUAUGGAUGAUGAGCAUCAUCACGACCAUCUGUAUUGGCUUUGCCACAUUACUUUAGUUUUAGAUGGCACUGAGGAGGAUGCCAAUGUAGUGCCUGAUGCUAUGGCACUAUGCUACAACUUGUAUUCUCCUCUUCCUUUUCUUAAUUUUCCUUUUUUUUUUUUGGGAACUGAUUAUGCUCCUGGUUUCCAUUUUUCACUCGUACUUGGUUUAGUCCUUGGUCGGUGAUGGACUCGUGGAUUUGUCAUUGGUACAGACAUGUUCUUUUCUUGUUAAUUUGGAUGCUAGACUGCUCAGGUUUCAUGUGCU